AACAGUUGAUUCUGGCCCACCCAGGAAACUGACUUACACAGCAGCGUUUGUAGUUUUAACCGGUUUUAUUGUGCCAUUACGACAGACGAAAUGGCCAAUUCUUGACUUGUGACUCUUCGUGCAUUUCUGGGCUUUCUCUGGUAUUCUGGUUGGUCUGGAAAGGUCGAUAUCCAUGGAGGGUUGUUUAUGGAUUGUGCUGUAGUCAGCUGGUAGAAGUCGAUCGCCUUCAUCAUCGCAGUUUGACAACGGUUGGCAUAUGCUCUGUGCAAGAGGUGCAUUCUAAACCUUCUGAACAUGAACGAACGUUAUCUUAUACCUUAAAAAGCUCAGAAAGUGCGUGUGUGUAUGUGCCCAUGGUUGGUCAACACUCCAGUCUCACCCUUGACCUUUCCCGGUCCCUCCAAAUCCUCUCACCCAUCCUCACACUACCCAUCAACCCCUGGGCAGAGCUUCAGGAUCUGUUUUCCCACACCCUGCCUUGACCCUGGCCUCAUCCAGGCUGACAUAACUGCCCCUCUCUGUGUCCCUUCCACAGCUAUAGCCCUCUCCAUCUGCCCCUGCCUACGCUCCCCUGUCCCCUCCUUACCUACAUACCUCACCAGAGCCCCAGACGUCCUGGUUGCCCCCACAAUCCUGCACUUCAUCCUGUGGCUCAGCCAGCAUCCUCGUUUCACUCCUGACACCCUGCACCCACUCCCAGUGUGUGUGAGUGUGUGUGAGAGUGUGUGUGAGAGUGUGUGUGUGAGUGUGUGUGAGUGUGUGUGAGAGUGUGUGUGUGCGAGGGCGAUGCUGUGUGUGGCACGCAGGAACAUGUCCCAGAAGCUGAGUGUAUUCCUGGUGCUGGUGGGCCUGUGCUGGGGGAUGCUACUGCUGCACUACACGCUGUCUCGCCCACGCCACCAGAGCAGCGCUCAGUUGCGUCAGCAGAUCCUGGACCUGAGCCGGCGCUACGUCAAAGCCCUCAGCGAGGAGAGCCAGGACCCCUCUGGUCCCCAAGGGACCUCCAUGGCUGGAUACGCCGAUCUGAAGCGUACCAUCGCUGUGCUGUUGGACGACAUCCUGAGCCGUCUGGUGAAGCUGGAGGGCCUGGUGGACACAGCGGUGAACGCCUCAGCCGUUAACGCCUCCCACGCAGCAGGGGGCGCUCUCCUACCCCCAGCAGCAACUUUACAGAGACUCCUUAAAAAGGACAUGUCCCCCAACCAGCUUCAAGUUGCUGGACACACCAAAACAGAAGCAGCUGCUGCAAAGCACCAAUCACACACUUCACACCGACUACGCACAAGAAGUUGAGACUGAACUGAAAUAUAUGUAUGUGUGUGUGUGUGUGUGGGCGGGCGUGCAGAGGUGUGCGGACAAUGAGUUAUAAAUACUGCUUUUAUGACUGAUAUAUAUUAUUAUAUAUUUUUAGAUGGACUCAAUGGCAGCAUUCAAAGUUUACUUAGCUUGAAAUUCAGCCUUUUCUAUGAUUACUGUCACCGGGUGCUGCUGUGGUGAGGCACAGUACUCAGAAGUUGAGGAAGAGGCCCAGUGUUUGUUUUAGACGAUAAAUGUAUUUUACAGUGUGUUAGGAACUACAUGUGUUAAUACCUCUGUUAUCAUCAUAAAACAUUUAGUUUGUUUUCACAUUUUGCAAGCAAAUACAAGAGUUUGCAAAUACUUUUUGUACUACUGCAUGGUAUGUCAGUAAAGAUUGAUUGUAGGGUUUACGUGGGACAACAUAAAAAUCCAAAGAUGGAUGACGUUUUACACUGCGUAGAUGCAUGGAUGAUGAAUUUAAUGAAUGAAGAGAAUGAAUGUAGUUAAAUUAAGGGGUAAAUGAAUGUACCCUUGUAAGGAUUUUGUUUUUGUUCUGUCACACACAAGGGUAGACAAUGUUCUGUCUGCUCACCUGAUAGGAAAUGUUGGUGUUAAACAAGUUAAAGAUAUCACUAUUACUUUCAAAACGGAUGCACACACCCUUGAAGGAAAGGAAACAGUAGGCUGUCUUUGCUAUCCUGUGGACAUCCUUACAGAAAUGUGUGGUCUGCCAUAGCUACCACAAGGUGAUCCACACGUUACAUUCAUCAGCAUGUUUUUGCCUUUGGUAAAAUUAGACUUCACCUCAAGCUCUUAACAAUUGCUGAAGCUCACGUCAUCCACCCCAUAAGCUUUCAGAAAUUCCAAAAAAGUUUAAGUGCCACUGAAAAUGCCUUUAGGGCGCAUGAAUGGAUCAGAAUGUUUACCAGGUUCUCUGUAAGCGCAAACAUUGAUGACUGGGCAAUAAAUAUUCUAGUUAAACAU